UUUCAGUUAUCGGGGGUUGUGUUUAGGUACGGUCGGGCAAGCUGAGCCAGCAUGCCGGUGGCUCGGAGCUGGGUUUGUCGCAAGACCUACGUGACCCCGCGGAGACCUUUCGAGAAAUCCCGCCUUGAUCAAGAACUGAAGUUGAUCGGCGAGUAUGGGCUCCGGAACAAACGUGAGGUCUGGAGGGUGAAAUUUACUCUGGCCAAGAUUCGCAAGGCCGCCCGGGAGCUGCUGACGCUGGACGAGAAGGACCCACGGCGUCUGUUUGAAGGUAAUGCUCUGCUGCGGCGACUUGUCCGCAUCGGGGUGUUGGACGAGGGCAAGAUGAAGCUGGAUUACAUCCUGGGCCUGAAGAUUGAAGAUUUCUUAGAGAGGCGCCUGCAGACCCAGGUGUUCAAACUGGGCUUGGCCAAGUCCAUCCACCACGCCCGUGUGCUCAUCCGCCAGCGCCAUAUCAGGGUCCGCAAGCAAGUGGUGAACAUCCCAUCCUUCAUUGUCCGCCUGGACUCCCAGAAGCACAUCGACUUCUCCCUCCGCUCUCCAUAUGGGGGUGGCCGUCCAGGCCGUGUGAAGAGGAAGAACGCCAAAAAGGGCCAGGGUGGGGCUGGAGCUGGUGAUGAUGAGGAGGAGGAUUAAGCCCUCCAGUCCCCUCCCGGGCUGGUGGAUUGCCUAGUUUUCCAGUCAGAUAAUAAAACAGGAUCAACCCUUUUAUUUA